CAGUCCAAAGAUCUAAUUCUCAGUUUUAAGGAUUUGUUUGCACUGGUCAAUCAUUUCUCAAGGACGGCCGCGCGUCAAAGUGCUGCCACAGCUCAGAGGGCAUAUUUGUAGCCGCUGGACAACAGCUGACACACUUGUGGACCAAAACGAGAUGGCCAAGCAGCCGGCUCCUCUUCUGCUGUGGGCUCUGGUGCACCUGACCUGCGCCAACCCAGUUGACGGCGUUCAACGAAGGACUUCAGGUUUCCAUCUGGAUCCGGAGGACAAGCUCCCGGAGCAACCGCCCAUGAAAAGAGCUCUGAGGCCGUCAUCGGACCUCUUGAGAAGACUGCGGGACACCCCGUCGACAGACUAUGACGGAACGAGCCUGGAAUGGAAGUGGUGGGGCGGCUUCCUCCCGGACGACGCCGUGUCCAUCUACAACUCGUAUUCCAGCCGGGUGGAUUACAUCUGCAAAGUGGGCUGCCACUCGGGCUACUACGACUCCACGCUCGCCAACGCCGCCUGCGCCUACGUCUCCGGCGAGGCGGGCUACAGCUCCACGCAGUUUGAGGUGCUGGUCAACAAAGACGACUUUGAGAUUCUGCAGUGGACAGAGGGGAACGAUGGUUCGGUGACACCAAAUUCGAUUAAGACCUGCGCCAACGACGACAUUUACAUCGGUAAGAAUGAGUACGGACUGGGGGAAGUCAAGGUGAGCGAAAAGGUGUUCAAUCUUCCCUGGGGCGGAAGCCGUUAUUGGUACCGUAGUUACAUGGUCCUGGAGACCAUGAAAGAUGUCAGGAGAGAGCACCUGAUGAACGUCAAGUACAAGACGGAGGGCGUCAAGCCCAACGAGUAUCCCCCCGAGGUCUUGAACAGGAACACCAUUUCAAACAGGCAGUGCGAGUCCAUCAAGCAAGAGGUCACCCUCUCGAAGAGCGUCACGUCAACCCAAAAGUGGGAGAUCGAUUUCGCCCUCACGGUGGGAGUCGGCACCACCAUCGUGACGGGGAUCCCCUUCGUCGCCGAAGGGAAGAUCGACCUCAAGGCCUCCUUCACCUACAGGUUGAACAAAGAGAGCUCCUACUCGGAGACCACCACCCACUCUCUGACGCUGGAGACGACGGUGCCCGCCGGUCACUCGUGCACCAUCACAAUGCAGGGCAAGAAGUACGGCUUGGAAAUCCCGUACACGGCGCGCCUCAAGCGCAUCUACCGCAACGGGGAGACCAAGUGGAAAACCGUCACAGGAACCUUCAAGGGCUUCCAGGUCUCGGAGGUUCACGCUGAAAUGCAACGCUGCGUACCUCUGCCUGACGUUAAGCCUUGUUGAGAAGACCCGUCGGGUGUGAAAGUGAAAUAAAAACAACAAGCUUCACGUCA